AUGAGUCCUGCUCGCAACGUCAGCGAACUCGGCCUAGGCCUACCUGCCUCACUCCUAGACCCAGAGAAUGACCUGACGUCCGGCCCGCUCUCGUCAAUCAGCGAACGCACUGAGCAAGAUGAUACUGUGAUGGCCGCCACGACGUCGCACGACCUCGCAAGCAGCACAGGCGCCCGCCUCCGAGCCAAUGCGUCGCCUGUACUUGACUCGAACGGCUUCGAUGAGCCAAAUUCUGAUGAGUGCCCUGUCGACGUUUCUCGUGCGACUGACAGCGACCGAGGUGCUGCCAAGGAGGGCCGUCAGGCUUCUGUUACAUUCAAGCUGCCUGCCAGAGUGACUCGCUACGAUCGUACAACAGGACCAGAUAUCGGAGUCGAAUUGGUCGAGCGUACCAUGUCUGGCUCGUCUGCUUUCUCACAGGAGGCGCAAACGCCAAAGAAGAGAGCUCGGCAUGCACGCUGGAAAGCCGCUUUCGGCAGAGCUCAACAGCCAAAGAAGGUCCGGUUCGGCACUGUCGUCGUCAUCAGCAUCAUCGCGCUCGGCCUUGCGCUCAUGCUUAUCUCUGUCACUGCCGAUCUCAUCUCGCACCCGGAUAAGGCAGCCAGAUCGGCAAACGCUCACAACGCAUGGAAAAGAUCGCUUCGUCGUCGUGCUCAUCGCUCCUCUUUUCAUACUCAAUUCAGCGAUCGUAUCGCUACGAGCGCGUCCAGGCUUAAGCGUCGCGACGUGCAUGACGAACAGGUGCCACCUGACGCACUUGAUGAUGGCUCGCGUGACGGUGCAAUCGAAGCAGCUGCCCAAAGCAAGGCCGUCCUUGAAGACAGCCCCCAUGACCGCGGCAAGUCGCUACACCAUCACAAGCAUCAUCACAAGCAUCACGUUCACGCGUCGCACCACACGCAUAAAUCAAACGCUGAUGCAAUCGACGAGAGCGAUGAUCCCACAAGCGAGCAAAUCAAUGGCGAAAGCUUGAUCGAUCCCUACGAUCGUCGAGCGCUGCAAGAACAGAUCCUCGCAACUGCUAGCAAUGCCUCUUUUCCCGAAGACAUCGCCACGACGUCUCCCUGGACAAUGACGGACAGCUCUUACGCAGAAGAGGGCGACGAGCCAACGAACUUCACGACCGAAGCCUUCAAUGUCUCGCUCAGUGGUGACGGCAGGGUCCGUGCAGCGAAUUCAAACAUCACUGAGCACACAAUCUCGGAGACAAAGAAUUCGACGUCUAUUCAGCGAACUGUUACCGACCGGACGACGCUCAACGAUCAUUCGAAGAAAGGAGACGGAAAGUCUAAAGGAAAACCCAUGAAGCCUGCCGCUGCUGCCUUCUCGGCUCUCGUCGUCUUUGGCGCUUCGUACUGUGACAACGGACAUCCCCGGCCUGAUGUCUACAAAUUCACGCUUUCGGGCCCGCCUUAUGUUGGCGGUCGUCGCUCCAAUGGACCAGUCUUCGAUGAAUAUCUAGCCAGGAAGCUCAACGUGCCGAUGACCAAUUAUGCCUACAUUGGCGCACAUAUCAAUAACGACGCGACGGGCUACAAUGGCUCGCCGCCCGACUCAAAAAGUCAGAUAGCAUCAUAUCUGUCUGAUGUGCGCAGUGGCGCCUUCAAACCUGGCAGAGGUCGUGUAUUACAUGUCAUCUGGAACGGAAUCAACCCUAUUCUAUAUUCGAUCUGGUCAGACUGGCAGAAGGGAAGCUCGACCCUUGCAACGGCAGAAUUACGGGUCUCGCAAGCUGUCGCCGAUCUAGGAGUACAGAUCGUUGCGCUUCAAGCCGGUCAAGCCGAUAAGAGCAAAGCCGACUUCGUCAUCCUACCUCUGCCGCCUCUCGGCUCAGUACCCGCCUCGCGCUAUCUCGCCAAACCGAUUGGCGAUGCAACUCAGCUUGCAGUGCUCGCAGCACUCACGCGUCAGUUCAACAUUGCGCUCGACAAGCUCAUCGAGGAUGUCAAAGCGGCGGGCAUGGCUAUAGGACAGUCUAUCUAUACCUUUGAUGCCGAAGCAUACUUCAGCGAGGGCAUGAGUUCACCCGAUAAGCUUGGUCUGACCGAUGGCAACGAUGCUUGCUGGAACUCCACAACGGGUGGAAUAUGCAAGACGCCGUAA